AUGAGUGCCGUUAUUUUCCUAAAGUCUGUUUUAUUCCCAUCUGCAGUAAAAAAGAAGAAAAAGACAAUAACACAACCAAAAAAAGAAAACACAAAUUCACCAGAGAUGUGUCGGAUUUGUAACCAAAUCACAGGUGAAAUUAAAAUUUUCGACAAAAAGAACCAUAUUAAUAUAAAGGAGGAAAUUAGGAAAAUCUCAGGAGUCAUUAUUAGCAAAUAUGAUAAAUAUUCAAAAUAUAUUUGUCAAAACUGUUUAGAUCUACUCCAAAGUUGUAUCAUAUUCCGUGAGAUGUGCCAAACCAACAACAAACAUUGUCUAAAAGAUGUAUCGAUAAAGAAAGAGUAUGUCUGUCCUGAUGACAACAAAAAAGACCUACAUGCAGAAAUAGUAAGCUGUUAUAAUAUUCCAUCACCAAAUUAUUCAGAUGACAACUUUGACAAUUGGGUUUGUUCCAAAUGCAAUAAAGACUUUUUGGAUGAGACAUUGUUAAAAAUGCAUGACUGUACUUCACUAAAUUCUGAACCCUUGAAAGUCGAGAGAAACAGCAUUUUCUUAUGUGACAUUUGUGGCAAGACUGCUAAGUCCAAUGCCAAUCUUUUAGUCCACAUGAGUACACAUGAAAAUGUAUUUCCAUUUAAAUGUGAUGAAUGCCCUUACAGAGGAAGAACAAUGGAUUUACUAAGAGUACAUAAGAGAACACAUUUAACAGAUAAACCAUUUAAGUGCCCACAAUGUCCAAAAACAACAACAACAUCUAGUAAUUUAAGGAAACAUAUAAACCGUAUCCACACAAAGACCCGUCCACACAAGUGUUCAUACUGUGAAAAAGCUUUUUCAAGUAAACCUUGUGUUAAUAAACAUAUCAAAGAAAUUCAUUUAAGGCAAGGAACUGUUGAAUGUGAGAUAUGUAACAAAAAAUUUAAUACCAAGAAAAUAUUACAGGGGCACCGAAAUAAAAUUCAUAAAAUAAAAGGUAUAAGACAUGGACGGAUACCUUCUUAUCUACAGUGCCAAACAGAUGAGAAUACUUGA